AGCACACUUGGGAGAACUCUUCUUGGGUGAUGUUAGAGCUAUUUCACCUCCACCUAAGUUUGCGGUGUAUGCCAUUGGUUGUCCCUCUUGUUUGACAAUGAAAUAAGAAGAUAUAGUUUAUGACAUCAAGGCUGUAAUUCAGAAAAAUGUGAGUGUGAUUUCAAUAUCGUUAGCACAAAAUCCAGCUUUCUUGUGUGACUUGUCAAGUGGUGAUUUUCAUGGGAAGGAGAUCGCGUCCUUACAAGCACUACGAGCUAAUAUUGUAACUGUUGUUGGUGUUGAAAAUUUGGGGAAGUACCACUUGAAUUAUGUUGUAAAAUCUGCUCCCCGGUGCCUAAUCAUAGCCUCUUGUACUUCAAAGAGCGAAUUCAUGAGUACAUUGACAUUCAAAUCAGAUUCAGCUUGGUUUUGAGUUUAAAUUGCAACAAUUAUUAUACUAGUUAAAUUUUAGAUAGUACACAAUGUUAUAUAAUCUUUAUGUUCUACUACAUAAAUACGUUUUUGUUUUGAUAGGUCGAGUCGUUAUAUGCGUUCCAAGGAAAUAAAUGGAAAAAGUUGAGGAGGGAUGAAAACAUAGGAGAUUCUUCUUGCAUUAUGUACUGUGAUAACCAUUCAGGAGAUUUUGUGAUUAGAAAAGGUUCCAUUGACGAUGAAAGUGCUUCUAGUCUUCUAUUUGUGCUCUACCUCUCUAAGGAGCAAAGUGCCAUCACUUCUAUUUGGCAUGCAAUAUGAAUAUGUGAUGACUAAUUUGAGGCUAACCAUAUUAUGUUCUGUGUUGUCUUCCUUCAUAUUUCUUUCCAUUGCCACUUGUCCUGAAUUUACGUUGUUGCUUUGCGUUUCAACUACACCAUCCAAGAAGCUGAAACUUAGUCAAGGAAGCGAUGAUCUUGAAAAGUACCUUGUCAUUCUUGACUUGAUGCUUGUUAACAAAUAUAAGGGGUCCAACAAGCCUCUACAGCCAUUAUAUUCCGAUGUUAUGCGACAAGCUGGCAGUUCCGAAUCCCAUAUUACUUCAGACCUCACUUAUAUCUUCUUUGCGUGGCUCACCAAAGAGCAAGCUAUUAAGUUGAUUUGUGAUGAUCGUGUGUUCGAAGUAUCCCCAGAGGGGGUGUAUGUGCCUCCAAAAUCUUGUAAUGGCAUCGCUUGAUGAUCUUUUAACAUAGUGGAGGACUGAAGUUAAUUGUUUAUGCCUGGUCAGUGUAUGAAUGGUUUAAUACUAGUUGCUCAAGAUAUAGCAUGUAGGGUUUUACAUGUUCGGUCUGGGUGUGAUCCUCACCUUAUUAGGUCCGGUAUUUGGUUCAUGCAUCGGUUCGGCUGUUUUGGUCUGGUUCGGGUUUGGAUUGACACACCCUGGUAGUAGGGAAGUUUGAAAAAGCAUCAAAUUCAAAUGUAUUCAAGUGUAUUUGUCAGUAAUAUCAUACAAGACUCUGCGAAACACAUGUAAAAUGUAUUGUAGUGAAGUUGAUAUGCUUCCAAAUAUAUACUAAGAAAUAGAAAUACUUGGU